AUGGCGAAGAAACAAAAAUCCCGUACCAUCGCUGUGCGUCUGCUCAGCAUGGCCAUGACUGGCUACUACCGAACCUUGAUCCGUCCACGAACUUCCCGACCUUUGAGUAUGUUGAAGUACGAUCCGGUGGUUAAGAGACAGGUAUUGUUCUUGGAGCAGAAGCGUGGUGGUCGGUAA